GCACUAUUAAGAUACCCUCCUUGUCAUGUCCAUCCUCAUAAGUCCCUCGCUUGCAAUGCCUGGACGAUGUCUGCUGCUCUGAGACUCAUCAGAGGAAUGUUGUCUCCAAGGAUAACUCUAGCGGCCUUUGUGCUCUUCAUCCCAGCAUCGCAAUGUUCAGCACCAAAUGAUUCCUCAUUUGUACUCACGAACAAGGCCACCGGUUUCUGUUUGCUGAAAAAAUACAACCGCUGCCUGGACAUCCGCUGGACCACCGGCAACCGUCUGUUUGUGACCACGACUAAGAAGUGCCUGGGAGCGCAGGGCAAAAGCGUGGGCAGUGAAGUGAGCUUCUACGACUGUGACGAGAAAAGUGCCCUCCAAAAGUGGGAAUGCCAGAAUGACACAUUGCUCGCCCUCAAAGACCAGCCGCUCUACAUUGAAAUCAAAGCCGAUGAAUCGGUAGCUCUCUCCAAAACUGUUGGUCCAAAUAACCAUUUGACAAUCACGGGGACAGCAAGUGGUGCUUGCUCAAGAACAUACAGAGAGCUUUAUACCAUUGAGGGAAAUGCAUUUGGCAAGAUCUGCAUGUUCCCCUUCAUGUACAAAGACCGGUGGUUUGCAGACUGCACCACAUUUGACUCCUCAACGAAGCGUAAUUGGUGUGCCAUUGAAACGAAAUACGAACAUGAACAGUGGGGAUACUGCCCGACCUCUUCCACGGAUUACUGGAACAGAAACCCCAUUACAGGAGCAUAUUACCAGCUUAACACACAGUCCGCACUAACUUGGUCCCAGGCUGACACCAGCUGCAAACAGCAGUCUGCCUCUCUGGUCAGCAUUAUCGACCCCAAUGAGAAGGCUUACAUCUCAGCACUGUUGGCAUCAGGGAAAAAUAAACUAUGGCUGGGGUUAGUUUUGGACCCAGAACAUGGCUGGCAGUGGUCUGAUGGGAGGCCAUUUCGUUACCUGAGAUGGGAAGCUGGACAUCCUCUUCCUAAUCCAGGACACAACUGUGCAUUUCUCAACACUGUUGGACAGUACUCUUGGCAAAGUUCAUCCUGUGCCAAAAAAAUGGGCUACAUCUGCUACAAAGACGGGGCCCCGCCAACUCCUCCACAAUUUGAACAAGGAUCUUGCCCAAGCCCCUGGAUUCCUUACAAUGGCCACUGUUUCCACCUUAACCGUAAUCUUCAAACGUGGCUCAAUGCUCAAACAGAGUGCCGCAAGGAAGGAGGGGAGCUUGUGAGCAUUCGCAACGUGGAAGACCAAAGUUUUGUGAUCUCUCAACUUGGAUAUGGCGCCACUGAUGAGCUCUGGAUUGGACUGAAUGACAGGAAUAUGGAGGGGCUGUUUGACUGGAGUGACCACUCUACCGUCAGCUUCACUAGCUGGGAGUAUGGGAAACCAACAGUCUCCACUGAGAACGAAGACUGUGUUCUCAUCAGAGGACAGAAUGGGAACUGGGCAGAUCGCGCAUGCGAUGAAAAACAUGGUUUUAUCUGUAUGAAGCAAAGUUCCACUGACAGCACGGUAGACGAAGUAACUGAGGACAUUGGCUGUAAAGCUGGUUGGAAAAGACAUGGCUCCUAUUGCUACUUUGUAGGGACUGAGACUAAGACUUUUGAUGAAGCUAAAGCAGAUUGCGAGAGCUCAUCUUCAUAUUUAGUUGAUGUUUCAAAUGGGGUGGAUAACGCCUUCCUUGUCAGCUUGGUGGGUUGGAGACCAGAGAAACACUUCUGGCUAGGGCUUUCAAAUCAGAAAAAUGUUGACGUGUUUGUGUGGACCAACACAGACUCUGUGACAUUUACUCACUGGAACGCUCAAAUGCCAGGUUAUGAACGAGGCUGCGUUGCUAUGACGAGUGGGAUUUUCGCUGGACUGUGGGAUGUACUGCCCUGCACCAAUAGGGAGAAAUACAUCUGCAAGUACUUGGCAGAUGGGGCAACUGUGACUGUACCACCACCAACUGUAACUCCUCCUCAAUGUGCGGAUGGCUGGAAUCGAGUGGGAACAAGAAAUGUCUGCGUUAAGUUUUUUACAGGGCCUCGUUCAUUCGAGAAGACCUGGUUUGAGGCCAGGGAUUACUGCAGGGAGAUUGGAGGAGAUCUGCUCAGCAUCCACAAUGCUCAUGAGCUAAAUGUGGGACGAAGAGGUGGAAAAGGCUGGAUUGGACUUCACGUCCCUGAUUCAAACAGUGGUUAUGUGUGGAGUGAUGGAACCCCGCUCAACUUCCAGCACUGGCAGAACGGAGAACCAAACAAUUUUAUGAAUUCAGAGUCUUGUGCCGAGUUCGUGAUACAUAACCAGGAUGAAGAUGGGUCUUGGAACGAUGUGCACUGUGAGAGUUACAAUGACUGGCUGUGUCAGAUCCGUGCAGGAGAUACUCCGAAACAACCUCCAAAUAAUACAGCAACGGACUUUAAUACCACUUCAGACGGUUGGCUUGUGUGGGGUGGGAAUCAGUAUUUCAUCAACAAAAUGUCAAAGCCCAUGGAAGAAGCUCGACACUUCUGUCAGCAGAGACACGGUGAAUUGGCGACGGUCAACAGUAAAAAAGAAAAUAUAUUCUUGUGGAAACAGAUAUCCAGAAGCUAUGGGUCAUAUUUUAUAGGUUUGUCAGUGGAACUCGAUGGGUCAUUCUGGUGGAUGGAUGGUACUCCAGUGUCAUAUCAAAGAUGGGACGAAAAUCAACCCAAUCUUGAGGCCUAUGAUGAGAACUGUGUUGCUGUGUCUUAUCACAUGGGCUUCUGGCGCACUACUAACUGUGGAAGAGAACUUCAGUCUAUUUGUAAACGCAGUAUCUCAGUACCUGCCAACACCACUGCAGCCCCGACAGUUCCUCCUAAAGGUGGCUGCCAAUUCCCAUGGAUGAAAUUUGGCUCAAAGUGUUACAAUAUCAUCACUGACAGGAGGACCACUUGGGAAGAAGCACGUCACCAGUGCGGUGUGAUGCGGAGCAAAUUAGUCUCUAUUACCACAAGAAAUGUGCAAGCAUUUCUGGUCACUAAAAUGGUGGAUACACCAGGUGUGAGCCUGUGGAUAGGUUUGAACGCUAUAAAACAAGAUGGAUUUUAUUGGACUGAUGGAAAAUCAAGGAAAUACACCAACUGGGGUUAUUCUAAAGUUCAGCGGCGUCCUGGGACCUUUUAUCAAAGGUGGAAUGAGGAAAACUGUGUUCUCAUGGUGAACAAUUAUACUUCUGGGAUUGGUAAAUGGAUGGUCAGGAAUUGCAAUGACAGCUAUGGAUUUGUCUGUCAUAGGAGUCUUGACACAAAUAUCGCCGCUCAGCCUGAUUCAAUAGAUCCUAACAUCUAUGUACGUAUGGGGAAUGACAGUAUUAAGGUUGUGACUCAAAAUCUGACCUGGGAUCAAGCCAAACAACGUUGUGAAAGUGAGAAGGCCACCCUGGCCAAUCUGCGAAAUGAGUGGACACAUGCCCACGUUGAACUGCUGGCUAUCACUCUCCAAACUCCUCUUUGGAUUGGACUUAAUAAAGAACAGACUGGAGGCUACUUUCGAUACAUUGACGGCUGGCAUCUGAGCUCAGCCUCGUGGGCUCCAUCAGAACCGUUGGCGAACAAACCUUGCGUGUACCUGGACGUGGAUGGGAAAUGGAAGACGGCGUUCUGCAACCAGACCAUGAACAGCGUUUGUAUGCAGACAACAGAUGUGGCUCCGACAGACUCCAACAUUUACCCUGGACACUGCCCUGAAGAUUCGAACUUAGGGUACCAUCAGACUUACUCCUGGCUGCCAUUUAAGAGUCACUGUUAUUUGUUUAUCACCGAUGAAAUUGAAUGGGCAGACGCAGCAAGCAGCUGUGUGAGACACGGCGGAACUCUGGCUAGCAUUCAAGAUGCGUCUGAGCAACAAUUCAUUAAAAGCAGCUUGGAAUCACUUCAGGACAGCCACACGUCUUUCUGGAUCGGCCUGUUUAAAACUCACAAAGGGGACUGGUUGUGGUUGGAUAAAACUGUCAUGGACUACACAAACUGGGGUGUGGAUGAGCCUGAUUCUGACUAUGGCUCAAUCAGAACCUCAGAUGGGUUUUGGAACUCGGGACGCAGAUGGCACGACAGAGGAUAUAUCUGUAAAACACCCAAAGUGUUGUCCCAGGAUCCUGAAUCAAAUCCUGACCCUCACAGAAGUCGGGAUCCUCGCAGUCGUGUCCACACAAGUGUGAUAGUUGUGCUGGUCAUUGCUGUCGCUUCCAUACUGAUGGCUGUUGGAUUCUUCCUCUACAAGAAGAGUCCCCUUCCCUUGCCCACCUUUGAAAACCCUCUCUACUUCAACAGCGAGCAAUCGCCGCCCGAUGUGGUUGAUACCAAUAAAAUAAUAGAGAACGCGGAAAACCCCGAGCCUAUUUUAACUCUGUGAUUCAUAAAGUGGCAGAAUCUAGUCGGACAUUAACUUUAUCUCAGACUGAUGCGAAACACUUUGUUGCUUCAUUGCUUUGUUGUUUACUAUAUAAAGUAUAUAUUCAGUUAUUUAAUGUCACUAAGUGUGAGUUUCAGUCGAGUUGGAAAUGUCUACCCUCUCAGAACAGAACAAUUUAGGCUCUAGGAUGUCUCGAUGGGAAUGAUUAGUACCUGAUUUUUUUUUUCUUCACUCAUCUAUGACUAUAUGUAUAUAACUGUCACGUGUGGUGCUUAUGCUCACUAGAAGCUGUUCAUUGCUUGUGCCCUUAAAAUGUGUAAAAACCUCAAUGUGUGUCACUGUUAAAUAAAUAUUAAACUUAAAUAAUAAA